AUGGAGGAGAGCACCCCGCAGCUGGGAAACUUCGUGACUGUGAGACGGCGUAGUCGCAGGACAAAACAUCACUCGACCGUUCCGAUUACAGUCUCGAACAGGUUUGCCCCGCUCAGUGACGCACCGACUGAGAAACCUGCUGAAAGUGCCCUAGUUAUCGGUGAUUCUAUUGUUCGGAACGUUAACAUAGAGGCACCAGCCACCAUAGUCAAAUGUUUACCGGGAGCCAGAGCGCCUGACAUCAAGUCAAAUUUAAAUGUGCUGGCUAAGGCUAAUCGUAAAUUCAGUAAGACUGUUAUUCACGUCGGCACAAAUGAUGUUCGACUCCGUCAAUCGGAGAUCACAAAAGAUAACAUUAAAGAGGUGUGUGAGAUCGCAAGCAUGAUGUCAGACACUGUAAUAUUCUCUGGCCCCCUCACUGCUUAUCGUGGUGAUGAGAUUUAUAGCAGAUUAUCAUCACUAAAUGGCUGGUUGUCUGAGUGGUGCCUGCAGAAUGAUAUAGUUUUUAUAAAUAACUGGAAGAGUUUUGAGGGCAGACCUGACCUGUUGAAACGAGAUGGUCUCCAUCCCUCCUGGGCUGGGACUUCCAUCCUGUCUAGAAAUAUGGGCAAAAAGUCUUAAUGCUAAUGCUAAAACUUGACUCGCUGGGGCCCAGGUCAGGGAGCAGACAGUAUGGCUUAACCAACUGUCUGCUUGCUGUCUCACGUCGCAGAAUACACAAAAUGUACAACAUGUAGUAAUCCGUUCUCCCAAACAUCACAAAAUAGAGACUGUGUCUGUCCCCCGGAUUAGCAAACAUAAAAUAAUGCGUAAACCUCUUGAAAGUAAUUUAAUAAACGUUAAACAAACUAAACAUGAACAAAAUACAGAUAAUCAACUGUUACGACUCGGAUUGCUAAAUAUUAGAUCUCUCUCUAAUAAAGCACUUUUUGUUAACGAUAUGAUAACAGAUCAUAAAAUAGACAUGCUCUGUUUGACAGAAACAUGGCUAAAACCAGAUGAUUAUAUUGCUUUAAAUGAAUCUGUCCCCAAGAUUAUUAUUAUAAACACGAGCCUCGUCUAAAAGGCAGAGGGGGAGGUGUCGCAGCACUUUACAAUAACUCUCUUAGCAUUUCCCAGAAGUCGAACUCUAAAUAUAAUUCUUUUGAAGUCAUGGUUCUUCAUGUUUCAACACCUAAUACUAAAGAUAAAACACUUUUUAAAUUGAUUCUAGCUAUUGUAUAUAGGCCUCCAGGGCACCACACAGAUUUUAUUAAAGAAUUUGGUGGGUUCUUAUCAGAACUAGUACUGGCCGCAGAUAGACUCCUUGUCGUUGGUGACUUUAACAUCCACGUAGAUAACGUUACAGAUGCCUUAGGAAUGGCUUUCAAAGACACUCUUAACUCCAUGGGCAUUAGUCAACAUGUGUCAGGACCCACUCACCUUCGUAAUCAUACUUUAGAUUUAAUACUGUCUUACGGUAUAAAUGUGGACGACGUUAAAAUCCUUCAGCAGAAGUGAAGACAUUUCGGAUCAUUAUCUGGUAUUAUGUUUGCUUCACUGGCCUACGGCUGCAAAUAAAACUCAUUGUUACAAAUAUGGUAGAACAAUAACUUCAACUACCAAAGAUGCGUUUCUCGAUAAUCUGCCCGAAUUGUCUCAAAUCAUGAGAAAUAACGUUGAAGAUCUUGACAUUACCACUGAAAAUUUUAAUUCCACCUUCUCGGUAACGCUAGACAAAGUUGCUCCACUACGUUUAAAAGAAGAUUAAAAAUGGCAGCCCCACACCGUGGUAUAAUGAACACACUCAGGCUCUAAAGAAAGCGGCCCGAAAAAUGGAGCGCAACUUUAAGAAAACUAAAUUAGAGGUAUUUCGUACAGCAUGGAAGGAUAGUAUUCGAAAAUACAGGAAAGCCCUAAUAACUUCUAGAUCCGCCUACUUUUCAUCACUAAUAGAAGAAAACCAGCACAACCCUAGGUUUUUAUUUAACACGGUGGCUAAAUUAACAAAAAAUAAAUCGUCAGUGACUUCUGAUCCUGUAUAUCAGCAUAGCAGUGAUGAAUUUAUGAACUACUUCACAUAUAAAAUCCAAGAUAUUAGAGAAAAAAUUAUAACAAUGCAAUCAGAAGUGAAACCCGCUGAACAAACUAACUACAGCGCCCUUAAGGAGAAAAUGCAAUUAUUUUAUACCGUAGAUCAAGAUGAGCUGUCUAAAAUUAUUAGAUCAUCUAAAUCAACAACAUGCAUACUAGACCCUAUACCUACAAAUCUACUGAAAGAGAUGCUCCCAGAAAUUAUAGAUCCUCUUCUUGGUAUUAUUAACUCAUCUCUGACAUUAGGACAUGUGCCUAAAGCAUAUAAGGUGGCUGUUAUAAGGCCCCUUGUCAAAAAACCCCAACUCGACCCUAGAGAACUAAGGAACUAC